AUUGUGUUUAUUUUUUACGUUUAUUCAAGCGAUAAGUGCAUAAUAUCAUCACGAUUGUUGUUGUAGUUUUAAAAAUGGCGGUUAAAUAUUUUUUCUUUAAAAUUUAUGUAAAAAUUAUAUGUUUUUAAUCAUGGUUUAAUACAAGAAUAAUAAAACCUAGUCUUUAAGAACUUUAUUCUGUUGAAAGAUGUCCAGCUAUAAAAGUGUGCCUGUUGAAGAACAAAGUGAAAAUGAAGAAGCCGUCAAGGUUGCUCCAAAACAAAAGCUUAUUUUUGGGUAUCCUGUGCAAGUAUUAUUUAUCCUUGGUAAUGAAUUCUGCGAAAGAUUUUCUUACUAUGGCAUGCAUGCCAUCUUGGUUAUUUAUUUAACAACUAUGUUAAACAUGAGUAAAGAUGAUGCUACUGCAGUUUAUCAUGCAUUCAACAUGUUAUGUUAUUUCUCACCAAUAUUUGGAGCCAUCAUUGCUGAUAGUUUUUGGGGGAAAUACAAAACUAUAAUGUAUGUAUCAGUAAUAUAUGCAGUUGGCAAUAUAGUUGUAUCUGUUACAGCAGUACCUUCUGUACUUCAUGAACUAAAGUUUGCUGGUCCUGCAAUUGGUUUAGUUUUAAUUGCACUAGGUACAGGUGGUAUAAAACCAUGUGUAUCAGCAUUUGGUGGAGAUCAAUUUGAAGCUGGGCAGGAUGACAAGCUGAGGAGCUUCUUUUCUAUUUUCUAUUUUUCUAUAAACUUUGGUUCCCUCAUUGCAACACUUUUGACACCAGUUUUACGAGGAGAUGUACAGUGUUUUGGAUAUGAUUGCUACCCUCUUGCAUUUGGUGUACCAGCUAUUCUUAUGGUAGUUGCUUUGUUGCUUUUUCUUGCUGGUAGUAGUUUGUAUAAAAAAGUUCCUCCUGAAGGAAACGUUGUUGUUGAGGUCUCAUCAGCUGUGGGUAGUGCUUUGAAAAAUAGAAUAGCAAAUUGUGGAAGUGGAACUAAAAAAGAUCACUGGAUGGAUUGGGCAGGGCAAGAAUACAGUCCUGUAUUGAUAUCAGAUAUUAAAGCAUUGUUUAAAGUGCUUUUCAUGUUUCUUCCUCUACCAGUGUUCUGGACACUCUUUGACCAACAAGGAUCAAGAUGGACAUUGCAAGCUAUGGAAAUGAAUGGAGACAUAGGCUAUUUAGGAACUGUAAAACCUGAUCAAAUGCAGGCUUUAAAUCCAGUGUUUGUCAUGAUCUUGAUUCCAUUUGUAGAAGCAGUGGUUUAUCCUCUUGGUCGAAAAUGUAGAUUUUUAACCAAACCCUUGCAAAGAAUGGGCUUUGGCAUGGCAUUGACUGCAAUAUCAUUUGUUGUUGCUGGUUUUUUGCAAAUAAAGAUGGAGGCAAAAUCUUCUGUUGCUGAUUUGCCUGCUACCGGUUUUGCUAAUUAUCGGUUUGUGAAUACAGUGCCUUGUGAAAUAGAUAUUUAUGGACCAGACAUGGUGAUAACAAAUGUAUCAGUUGGAUACCAACAAGGAACUGAAUACUUUGCUAUUCCAAUCACUAUUAACAGCAUCUACAUUUCCACAGAUUGUCCUCCAAAAAUGAAUGCAGAGCCAAAUAUUUAUGUUGAAGAAAAAGGAAGUUAUACAAUGGUCAUUGGUGCAAAUCACAGUCGACUUGCUGUAAUGCAGCUUGCAGAUGAUAUAACACCUUUACCACAUGGUCAUGCCAAAGUUCGUUUCUUACAUGCUGGUGGUUCUGUUAGUGACAAAGUGACUGUACACAUGAAUAAAACAUUAUCAAUUGAUCUUCUUCCAUUUACAAAACCAGACUACAUAAAUAUUGUUGCAAAAACAUACAAAGUUCGUGUUGCUCCAACAGGGACAGUAAAUGCAUUAGCCCUGCGUUCUAUCUCAUUUGGAAAUGGUGGCAUAUACACUGUUGUAAUUCAACCUAACAAAAAACUGCAGGGGUUAAAAAUGUUGGAAUAUGCGGAUCUUUCACCUCGACCUAUAAAUAUAUUGUGGCAAAUUCCACAAUACAUUAUUAUAACACUGGGUGAAGUAAUGUUUUCUAUCACUGGUCUUGAGUUUGCAUACUCUCAAUCACCACCGUCAAUGAAGUCUUGUAUAAUGGCAGCUUGGCUAUUAACGGUAUCUGUUGGAAAUCUCUUAGUAGUUAUAUUAGCUGGAGUCAAACUAACUGAUGAUAUGGCAGAGGAAUUUUUUUUCUUCGCUAUUUUACUGGCUGUUGUCACGGUGAUUUUCGCUAUAAUGGCAUAUUUUUACACUUAUAUUUACUACGGUUCUAGUAGAGAGACUGAUCCUAACCCUAAUGGUUGCACUGAAGCCACCGAGGCUAUUUUAACAUCUGAUAAAGAAUUAGAAAAACAUGGAACAACUGAAGCCACAGAAGUUACGCCAUUGGUUACCGAUAUAGAAUUAAAAAAACAUGGAACAACAGAAAAAACUCAUAUAAAUCAAUAAUCAAUAAAAUGAAUAUUUCGAA